AUUAUAUUUUACUUUUUUGCCUCGUUUACAUUUUCUUCUCCCUGGAACUGGAAAUGGGCACUUUAGGCAUGAUAGGCUAGAUAAUCAUCGGUUAUUUGGUGUGUUAUCACGUCCUAUCACACUCGUGCGAUAAAAUAAAAUGAUAAGCUAUGCAAAAACGAUAACGAUAUAUAUUAUUAAAAAAUUCAAUAUUACAUUAUUAUCAUCUCUUCACAGUUCACAUGAUAGGUACGCCGAAAAAUUGUUUUUCAUUUUAGAUUUCGUUGCACGCUGUCGAAUUGUAAUCGUAAUAAUGCCCAGUUAUGAGUUAUGUCUGCUGUUCAAAGUCUUGCCGAGGCCUGAAAUAACACAAUGUCUAAAACGAACAGCAAGUAAAAUCUUUGAAUCCGGUGGUUUUAUACGGCGUAUUGACAACCUAGGAACAGCAGAUACCCCUUGGAAGAUAAGUUCACAUGAUGCAAUACACAAACAAGCUAGCUAUUUUAUUGUUGAGUUUGAUGUACCCAGUUCAGCUUUGGAUCCAUUCAAUAACUAUUUAUCAAGAGACAUUGACAUAAUCAAACGUACAAUAUUCAAAGUUCCCGAAAAUAUACCUCAACCAGCUUGCACACUUCAUGAAGAGCUAAAACCACCAGCAUACAGGUCUGAGGUUAAAGAGAUGAUUGCAAUUGGCAAGCGUAAACGUGAAAAAGAAGCAAGGAAGAAAGUACAAUUCAACACUGGUUUAGAUUACAUGCCGUUCCAAAGAUAGAAUGAUGUUAAAUGUUAAUUAAUAUUGUAAAUAAUACAUAUAUAGGUUUUAGUAGUUAUAUUAAUAAUAUUAAAGUAAUACAAUUUGUGUA